AUGUCUUCUUCGUACAGUAGUUCUUAUUCAAAUGUAUCAUCUCUACUUAAAACAUCAAGCAUGAUGGAACAAUUAAUUGAAGAAAUUAAUUUUCAAAGAGCAAAAGAAAUGAGACAACUACUGAAAGAUGACAGAGGUUAUGGAGGUAUGCAUGGCACAACCUAUUGGACAGAUUUAUUUGUCAGAAAUUUUUUAUUUCAAACAGAGUUAUCAAUCGACUGUGAUGAUCUCUUAUUUUUUGUUAGAAAAAAACAUAUUAAAGGAUCUUCAAGAUAUUUACCUAAAUUUGAAACUGAGGUAGAAGUAUUUAGAAAAGAUAGUAAAAAACUACCCAUCGGUGAUCCCGACAUAGAUUGGGAAGAAACAGUUUAUUUAAAUUUAAUUAUCCAUCAAUUCGAUUAUGUUUUAACGCUGGCAAUUUGCACAAGAACUAGUUGUAAAGAACUUCAAAUUUUAAAAAGGCAUUCACAAAAAGUGUAUGCUUCACCUUCUCACAGAAGAAUGGAUACCAAAGGAGAAACUGAAGACAUGACUUAUCCUUACAUUUGUUUCAUGAUUGAUAAUUUCGAUGAGGUUUUUUCUGAUAUAACAGUUCGUGAUGGUGAAAUGGUGUGUGUAGAAUUAGUCGCCACAGAUAGAGAAGGAUCUACUCAUGGAGUAAUAUUUCUCGGUUCUAUUAGAUAUGAUGCUUUAAAAUGGGUUUACGAUGCCAGAGUGAGCGCCAAUGCAAAAAUGUCUCAGAGAAUGACAUUCGGUUUAUUUUCAUCUGCAUCAUCGGGCCGAAUAGAAUACGUAAGAAUGAAAGGACCCGAUGGUAAAGGUCACGCAGAGGUAGCAGUUACAAAACCACCGGGAGCUGGUUGUGAAACACCCACGAGUGAACCUGGUCUUUGUGCUGUUGAUAUGUGGGAUCAAGAUUGGAAUCAGGAUCCCGAAGAUUUUUUUGUUUAUCGACAUCAAAGAAGACUUAGCGACCCGAGUGCCAAUUUGAAUUAUUUUGUUCGCGGCGGGUGGAAGUCAAAAUCAGAUUCUGUCAAUCCUAGAACACGGUCGGAAAAUGAAGGUUUAGAUUCUUUAGCCAACACAAUGACCGAAGUCGAAGCUGGAGAUGUCAGAGACGAAUUAGACGAUGGUGCUUAUAAUCCUCUAUGGACCAUGAAAGGUUUCACACAAACUUUUCAUUUUUGGAAGGAAAAUAAAAGAGCACAAAGCGUUCCUUUAAAGGCUUACGUCACAUACGUUACCCUUCCAUGGUGGACCAUAGCAAGGGAUCUUCUUGAUAAUCGCGAAAAUCCAAUUCUAACAUUUUAG